UUGAUUGGAGGAGUAUGAAGAAGAGAUAUAUGCAUGUAGCUCACAUGACAUAACUGCUCUCUUAACCAUAGCUGGUGUUCUCCUUGUGUUACAAUUAAAUACUUCCCUUUAAGAGUGUACCUAAAAAAUCUUUCGUUAUUCAAUUCCACCUUUGCGUGGAAUCAACAUUACAUAAACACAUACAUAGGACAAGCGAGAUUGUAUGAACACACUUACACACACAUUCUCUCUCUCUCUCUCUCUCUCUCUCUCUCUUCUUACUUUCUCUCUCUAAACUUUACAUGCACAAAUGCUUGCUUAGACUAAUCAAACAAAUUUCCAUUUUGUGUGACCAAAACUCUAUCUUUCUUUAUUCCUCUUUCUCUGUGGUUGGCAAAGUCAACAUGCAAGAGCAAGAUUUUUAGGCUCAAAUGGUUUUCAUUUCAUGGUUUGAGCAAUUUUAAGUACAAAAAACAUAAUCUUUUUGUUGAAUUGGAUUCUGGGUUGGUGCCUGUUUUUGAGGCUGAAUAGGAGAGAAAGAGGGGUGUGAUGAACAAAUGAAGAACGAAGAGCAGGCUCGUAGUUUGUUUGGAAUUUCACUCUCUGACAGACCCAAAUGGCAACAAUUCCUCAUUUGUUCUUCUGGGUUCUUCUUUGGUUAUCUUGUUAAUGGCAUAUGUGAGGAAUAUGUGUAUAACAGGCUCCAUUUUAGCUAUGGUUGGUACUUCACAUUUGUUCAAGGGUUUGUUUACCUGUUUCUGAUUUACCUCCAAGGCUUCACAAGCAAGCAAAUGGUGAAUCCAUGGAAAACUUAUGUGAAGCUUUCUGCUGUACUCAUGGGUUCCCAUGGCCUAACAAAGGGAUCUUUGGCUUUUCUUAAUUACCCUGCACAAAUCAUGUUCAAAUCCACAAAGGUUCUGCCAGUGAUGAUAAUGGGCGCUUUCAUACCGGGUUUGAGAAGGAAGUAUCCAGUGCAUGAAUAUAUAUCUGCAAUACUUCUUGUAGUUGGCUUGAUUCUGUUCACACUAGCAGAUGCACAGACAUCACCAAAUUUCAGUGUCAUUGGUGUUAUUAUGAUAUCUGGAGCAUUGAUCAUGGAUUCUUUUCUUGGAAAUCUGCAAGAAGCAAUAUUUACAAUGAAUCCUGAGACCACACAGAUGGAGAUGCUCUUUUGCUCUACAGUGGUAGGUUUGCCUUUCUUAAUCCCACCCAUGCUUUUUACAGGAGAAUUAUUCAAAGCAUGGACUUCAUGUUCACAGGUAAAUUUGGAAUAUAACACCUCCUUUUCCACACUCUACUAUGUUAUGCUUUCUUGUCAACGGAAUCACCUUUUCUUGUCCUUGCAGCAUCCCUAUGUGUAUGGGGUGUUAGUCUUCGAAGCAAUGGCCACAUUUAUAGGUCAAGUUUCUGUCCUCUCCCUCAUUGCAAUUUUUGGUGCUGCCACCACAGCCAUGAUAACAACAGCAAGAAAAGCAGUGACAUUGCUAUUAUCAUACUUGAUAUUUACAAAACCAUUAACAGAACAACAUGGGAGUGGAUUACUACUCAUAGCCAUGGGAAUCACAUUGAAGAUGAUACCUGAUAACAAACCCACCAACACCAAGAGGGUCUUAAAUCCUUCUGCCAGGGUCAAUAGUGCAAAAUCUAAUGGUGAUGAAGAGUUGGGGACUCUGCCAGAUUCUGUAGAAGAAGAAGACGAUGAAAGGAAGCCCUUGGUCUAGCACAAUAUGCAAAUUUUAUUUUUGAACUCAUUAUUUUUAAAUUCAUGAUUUCUUUAUCAUUUUCAUAUCUUGUUAAGGAAAAAGAAAAUAAUUUGCUGUUCAAUUAGCAUUUUUAUAUUAAUUGUUUAAUU